AUGACCCCUGCGGUUAAUCAAGUGAAAAUCUGGUUCCAGAACAGAAGGACGAAGUGGAAGAAGAAAGACAACGUCACGAACGCCGAGGUGGCGGAGAUAAAGCAGCAGAACAAACCAACAGAAGAGAAAAUAGAAGAAUUAAAGGACCCGCUGGCGAUAGACAUGUCCAAGAAGAGUUGCAACAAGAUACUCAACGAGAAGUUAAAAAGUACAAAGAUAGGGACACAGAACCUUCCGAAACCGAGGAGGGUUGAGAAGAGUGUGAUGAUGGAGAGUCUGUGUGAAGUGACAGAUAUAGAGACCAAGAUAUCGAUAACGAAGAUUAGUAACAAACUGUCGAGUACCGAGCUGACGGACACCCUCAGUGUGAGGAGCUUCACCCCCGAGGAAGUGAAGGACAAGUACGACUCACUCACAGACGUGGAGAUGUGA